CCAACGGAAGCAGCAGCCCUUAACCCUUUCCCCGAUUGUGCCCUGGGGCAACAUCCAGGCAGCAGUUUGUGCUGGAGAGGGGUCAGACUCUUUGGGGCAUGAAGUGGGUGGGGUGACCUUAGUUAUGGUUGGGGGUGCAACCAGGCAGCUCAGAGUGGGGAAACUGAGGAGAGAGGCUCCUGUUUCUCCCCACCCCAGACUUCCCUUGGGGUUUCCUCCUCCUGGCUAGGCGGUCCCUGGAGGACCCUGGCUUCUGGGUGAGUGGAGGGGUGCUGGGAUUGGAUUUCUGGGGUGAUGAAUAUUCAUCACCCAAGCCGGCCUCUGCUUCUGUUUACUUAGCCGGGAGGGGCAGGGUUUCAGGUUCACCUUGACUCCUGGAGCCGCAGUGCAGAGCAGGUACCCGCUCCUGCACCUGUUUCUCUUGCACCUGCUGCACAGCUGCUCCUGCCCACCUUUCCUGGCCUGAGCCUUGCCUGGCGCGGCACCCCGGAGGCACCCGCACCUCCCCCGGUCUCCCUCGGGGGCAGCUCCUACACUCAGCUCCUUCUCUAGGGAAGCUCUCGCCUCCAGCCCGGAGCAGUCAGGAUCACAGAAAAUGUAGUUAAGACCAUCAGGUUGGUUUGUUUUUGUUUGUUUUGGCCAUGCUGCGCAGCUUGUGGGAUCUUAGUUCCCAGACCAAGGACUGAACCUGGGCUCUUGGGCCCUCAGCCCUGAAAACACAGAGUUCUAACCACUGGACCACCACGGAAUUCCCAAGAACAUCCGUUUUUAAAAGGAGGUGAUACAUUCGCCUGGGCUUAGGCUGGGUGACCAUCUAACUUUCUGUACUGUGUACUGUGGCUCUCACACCCUCCUCCUCAGGACUUUCACAGCCCACACCACGGAGUCCUAAGAACCGGACCAACCUCUCCAGGCCCAGAGAUGUCUCCAUGUCUCAUCACUCUGCCUGCUCUUUCAUUGAUCUUACUUCCUCCAGUCUCUGCUCUCUUCUUCUUGUGGUGUGCAGGCAACCUCAUCCGCCAGAACUUCCAGUAGCUCAGGCAGCAACUUUGUGGAAAUUAGUAAAAGAAAGCCCCACGCUCAGGUCUGGGAGAGCCAUGACCGACGUUGGCUGGUGGAAGCUGACUUUCCUCCGGAAAAAGAAAUCCACUCCCAAGGUGCUGUAUGAGAUCCCCGACACCUACACCCAAACCGAGGGCGGCGCAGAGCCCCCAGGGCCUGACAGCGGGGGCCCCAACAGCAACUAUAACACCCGCCUGGAGAAGAUUGUGGACAAGAACACAAAGGGCAAGCACGUCAAAGUCUCCCACUCAGGCCGCUUCAAGGAGAAGAAAAAAGUCCGAGCCACGCUGGCAGAGAACCCCAACCUCUUUGACGACGGGGAGGGCAAAGGACAGUGAAGGGGGCCAAGGAGGAUGCUAGCACCUCCUCACUCCCUGCCGUCAGCUGGAUCUGAGACAGGAGCUUGCCACGCCGGCCUCUUUGGCCACAGCUGAAGCCUCGGGAGUAGCUGUUGCCUGCUGGCAGGAAAUGUCUGGUUUUGGGUUUGUAUUUAUGUGCUCCAUCUUUCUGGAAAGCCUGAGAGAUCCCAGGUCCUCCCGCCCUCCCCCACCACACACAAAGGCAUUCCAGUUCAAGGAUGAAAAGUCCCACUCAGGAAGGACAGCCCUCCUCCAAGACGUGGCAGCACCAGCAGGGAGAUGGGCGUGGAAGGAAUGGAACAAGGGAGCUGGACAGACCUCACACCCUCCCGGGGCACAGGGUCAAGGGUGAGUUGGAAUUGUUGCCCCUUCUACUUUCUCUACCUGGGAUUAUUCCCUGGAUCAGUUCUGAGAGUGCAUUUUCCAGAAGCCACGUAAUGGGGGUUGGUUUCCUGGAGCUGAGGCGGAGAUGUUGAACUCGAGCUCACCUCCUAACUCAAGUGGGAAACUUCCUGGAACUUUGCCCCUGGGUGUGCAGGGGGAGGGGGGCCCUGGCACUCCCUAGGGGGUGCUGCAGAAGGCCUGAUUAGGGACCCCAUGGGUUUCUGCACAUACCCUCAAAGGAAAGCUACACUGCUUCAUGGGUCCAAACUCGGAAAGGGGGUGCCAAGCUCUGGCAGGAGCCGCCUCCCUCUCCCUACUGGUAUUUAAGAUGGAUCAGCCCCAGAGAUGAGUCCUGGAGCCCUGAGUUUUGUUUAAAAAAACAAUUGUAGGUUUCUCUUUUUGUAAUAAACAAUGCUGCAGAAGCAGAGAACC